AUAGUGGCUAGCUGAUAAUCCCAAAAUGGGCUUGGUGAAUAAUCCUUUGCAUCUAUUGAAAGUUGGAUUGAAUAAUACUUUUGAAGGAAAAGAAGCAUGGCAAAUUGUAACAUUGACCACUACAGUUGUUUUAACAACUGUAUGGCUUUAUGACUUUUUGUUUCAAGAUGAAAGUAUCAUACAAAGAGGAAAAAAAACUGUGUUUAGAAUAGCUAAGCGUAUUCCUGCAGUGAGAAAAAAACUUGAAGAUGAGUUGGCAAACAUUUCUCAGAAUUUUGAAGAUGAUGUGAAAGAAAGAACCAAAGAUUUAGUUUAUAUCAGAAGUUUACCACUAAAAGGACUUGCCAAAGAGGAUAUUUUGAAUUACCUUCAACAAAAUCUGAAUCUAGGUGAUUAUAACUGGAAAGGAGGAUUGGUGUCUGGGGCUGUCUAUUAUUUCAAUAAUGAUUUGAUUGAUUUAGUCAGUGAUGUAUAUGGUAAAACAUCUUACACUAAUCCCUUACAUCCAGACUUGUUUCCUGGAGUCUGUAAGAUGGAAGCAGAAGUUAUAACAAUCACUGCAGGCUUAUUCCAUGGGGAUGAAAAUGUUUGUGGAUCAAUAACAAGUGGUGGAACUGAAUCCAUCAUAAUGGCAUGCAAAGCCUUCAGAGACUAUGCAAGAGAAGUCAAAGGCAUCAAAAAGCCUGAAAUAGUUGUUCCUGUUACAGUACAUUCUGCCUUUGACAAAGCAGCACAAUAUUUGGGACUGAAAGUUAGAUCCAUAGAAGUUAGUACACAAACCUACCAAGUUGAUAUGAGAUCUUUUAGAAGGGCAAUCAAUGGAAAUACAGUUCUGUUAGUUGGUUCUGCCCCCAAUUUCCCAUAUGGUACUAUGGAUGACAUAUCUGCUAUAUCUGAAUUAGGGUUGAAAUAUAAUAUUCCUGUUCAUGUUGAUUCCUGUCUAGGUGGAUUUUUGAGUUGUUUUAUGGAAGAUGCUGGUUAUCCUAUUCCUUUGUGUGAUUUUAGAUUGCCUGGUGUGACUAGUAUAUCUGCUGAUACACAUAAAUAUGGAUUCACACCCAAAGGUUCUUCUGUGAUCCUGUACCGAGAGAAAAAAUAUCGUCACCAUCAGUAUACAGUGACAACUGAUUGGCCUGGUGGUGUUUACGGGUCCCCUAGUAUAGGUGGUUCCCGACCUGGGGGAAGCAUAGCCGUAUGCUGGGCCACCCUAUUAAAUUUCGGCAAAGAAGGUUAUGUCGAGGCAACGAGAAAUAUUAUCCACACAACGAUGUAUAUCGAAAAAGGACUCAGACGCAUGAAAGGUAUAUUCAUUUUCGGCCAACCUGUAACCAGCGUGAUAGCCUUGGGUUCGGAGGAUUUCGAAAUAUACAGGCUGUCAACUGCUUUGAAAGAGAGGGGAUGGAAUUUGAAUGUGUUGCAGUUUCCCUCUGGUAUUCACUUAUGCAUCACACAUAUGCACACCCAACCAGGUGUAGCGGAUAAAUUUUUGGAAGACGUGAAAAGUUCCUUGACAGAGAUCAUGAAGAAUCCUUCAGAGCCUGUUGAGGGCAAGAUGGCACUUUAUGGAGUUGCCCAACAGCUGCCUGAUAGAUCUAUUGUUGGCGAUUUCACAAGGCUAUUCUUGGAUUCCAUGUACUAUGUGCCACCCAAGAAUAAUGAGACUGUAUAAUGCCAUGGUAGAUUCUUGUUUGAUUCUACAUUUAUAAUUCAUUGAACAAAGUAUAAACUGUCACGUGCUUGGAUUUUACACUGGAAUUUAAACGAAUUUCUUGUGGUUGAAAAUACUGAUGGUUUUGUGAGACACAUGUUUUUGGCAAUAUUUACUAGAUUCUAGCCGAAAUCAUGUUUGUCACAAAUCUGUUUUAUUAUUGAAUGAAAAUGUAUAGUCUAUUAUGAAGUAAUUAUGUACUUGAGUAAAUUUUAUAUCUGUUAUGGCCGUGGUCGUGAAAACACACUUAAACGUCCAUGGUUAUGGUAUCAUUGAAUGAACUAUUAUAUCCCUCUAAGCAUUCAGAAAAUACAUAAUGGAAACAUUACAUUACAGGGUGUCUCUGUAUAUUUUGACCCCUACCUACAGCUUCAACUAUACGAGAUAGAAAAAAACUUCAUCUGUACUAAGUAUCUUUUGGCACUCCUCAAAAAAACAAAUUCGAAUGGCAAAAUAGAAAAAAACACUCCAAAUCAGUCUUUCAAAUGGAACACCCUGUAUAUUUUCAUCUCUAGGGAAAGAUCUCUUCUGCUGUUCAAAAAUUUGUAUGUAUAGUUUGCUAAUGUUUUAAGCCGUUUUUCACCUAUUUAGCAUUGCAUCAAAGUUGCCAAUAACAUUUUGAUGGCUGUCGACAUGACAGACAUUCGAUGGAAACAAAACAGGCAGAGUUUUUGACAUCUCUGGCAGUUUUUAACAAAAAUGGGUUGUUCCAUAGAGGAAAAAUACGCGGGAUGGUAAGAUUAUAUUAUGAAAAUAUUGCAAAAAAUUCAGUAGUGCAGCAAGAAUUUAGUCGAAAACGGCUAAAUAAGGGAACAUGAGCAAACUACAUACAUAUAUUUGUAACAGAAGAAAAAUAUCUUUCACAUUAGCUAAAAAUAGACAGGGUGUUCCUUUUCGAAAAACUGAUUUGGACUCUUGUUCUGUUUCUAUUUUGCGAUUCGCAUUUGUUUACUAGAGUAGUACCAAAAGAUGGUACAGAUAUGCAACCCCACAAAUUUCAUAUUUGAAGUUCUUCCACCUCGUUUCGUUGAAGCUGUCGUAGGUAUUAGUCAAAAUAUAAGGAGACGCCCUGUACAAAAUUAUUCAAAUUAAUAAGUGUAUAUUGAUACUUUGAUAUCAUCAAAGGUACUUCAACAUUGUUCAAGUAUUUUCAGCGCUCUUUAAAGUGUAAAAAUGGAAGAAAAUAAUACAAUUGAGCAUCUUGUUCUCGAGUUUUGAUGAAAAAUACAAUGUUUUUACAUGAAAAUCCCUGUUCUUUAUUUUUUUUCUGUUAAGUAUCAAAUAAAAGUAAUAGGGUUCAUAAA